UGACGUCAUUGCGCAUGCGCAAUAGUUUGUUUACAAGCUGCGUAUCAUUUACUGCGUCACGAAAUCAUCGGCUGGUCGAUAGUUAUUAUAUCGAAGCUGCUACGAUGGCGGAUCGUGUUUUUAUCGCAGAUUAUAUCAAAAAGAAGAGACGCAGGAAGGGAAAUCUUGAAUACCUGGUAAAAUGGAAAGGAUAUCCGACAAGACACUGUACAUGGGAGCCGAGAGAAAAUAUUUUGGAUGCUUCCUUGAUAAAACAGUUCGACGAAGAGGGAUAUGACCCACGUAGGGUAAGAGCGGCAUGCCGAAAGAAGAAAAGGAGACGAAGUGAGAUCACUGAGUCCCGGUCCCUGCCGCUCCCUUUCUACGAUUCAGACAGCGAACACGAGCCAAGAACGCCACCCCAUGAUCUAUUGAACAAACACAAAAACAAAGUGUCUCCGAUUUCAUUGUCAAAAUAUGGCGGCGUGUGGCAGGCAGAUGCCACGAGCGGGCAUGGGGACACUUUGUUUGAAAAUGAGGCGGAUAAUCAUACGGAACAAAAGAAACGGAAAAUCGACAUGGAUUCUACGGAUGAUAAAGAAAACGAGGUCACCUUGAACGAUCCGAGACAAAAACAACUGGGAACAUUGUACAAAAAUGGCGGGAAAGGCUGUCAUCCCAAAAUGCGAGCGAAGUACAUGUUUCGCACUGGUGAUUUUGAAAAUGCUGACUGGGGUUAUGACUGGAGUAGCUCGGACAAUGAGAGUUUGAAGGGCACCGUGCAUAUUGAUAAUGAUAAAACCCUAAAUUCUACAAUGACUGUAACAAAAAACCACCCCGAAAACCGUGAACGCCGGAACAGUUUUUCGGAAAUGUCGAGUAUCGCUAGUGAAUCAACGAUUCCAGCGAUAGAUGAACUUGAAACUCCUGUUCUGGUCAUAGAUCAUGACUGGAUUGAACCUACUAGCUGUCCGUCUCUGGAAAAAUCUUUCUUCGAGGAAUCAUUCCCCCCUAUUGAGGAGGAAGAUGAAAGCAUGCCCAUUCUUACAAACGAACACACAUCCUUUGAAACUGAAACAGAACACCUGACGCAACAAAUGGAAACGGACCAAUCGGUGGAAACUAAAAUCCCGGAAAUUGAAACUGAAAAAGCACCGGAAAUAGAAACUGAAAAAGCACGAGAACACGUGUAUGUUACGGAAGUUACCUUUGACGACCUGACUGUGAUUAUCCAAGAAAGUGAUAAAAUGAAAGGAUUCUUUAGAUACCAAACGUGAUUUGAUGGCAGUGUGUACGGAAAUUUGUUACCAGUUUUAAUGGCACAAUGACAUGUUUAUCUACUUCAUGAACAUUGACUUGUUAUGUAUUUUAAAGACUGAAUCAGUUAUAGAGAUCACGUCAUAUCUUUAAUAUAACAUCUUGAAAUAUGAAUCUCAGAAACAGCAGUUUACUAAACUUCGCAUUUUAUUGAGGAAAAUACAGGUGUUUUAAAUAUAAACCAUUGUAAAUAUUUGAUAAAUAGGUUUGUUUUUCCGUUUAAGACACGAAUUACUUGACAUUAAUACUAGCGUUUUCUAUUUUCCUAGCAAAGUGAGUGAGUAAACAAAGGUGCAUUUUUUUUUUUCAGUCUGUCAGCUCUUCGCGGUAUUAACAGCUUCCUGUAAUUGAGAAAAGUAAGUUUCCGGUCAUUAUUUUAUCAUGCUACUAUUAACUUAAUUAAUUAAACAUCUUAAGUUACCAAUGUAUUUAAAAAAUUUAAUUUAAAACCUGAAACAACGUAAGACCACACAUACUUUCAUUUUUACAUCCAGUGACCCGAGAUUAGAGCGGUUUAAGUUGGGAUUUAAUUGAGUGGCAUAAGAUCAACAUUAACAACUGUAUUCCUUAUAAAUAAAAUAGCGACAAAAGGUACAUAUUACAGUAUAUUUGUUGGUUUUGUUGCAUGUAUUUUAUUGACUGUUUCUCGAAUUUCAAAGCCUUUCCAUUGACCCUGAAAUAAUGUAACUUUUUAAGGUAUUGAAUGCGAAUUUUCUUAUUUAAGGUUUCGAUGGAGGCAUUGAGAAACAAAAAUCAAACAACACCAAAUCAUAGAAAGAAAGAGUUGUUUGACAUGAAAAUUGAACAGCAUGUAAAACAUGUAUAUUACUUUAAGAAACAAGUGUCAGUAUACUGAUAUAAACAUUGAAUUCCGGAAAAGGGCUGCCAAAAGGGGCUCCACUUCCGGACAGUUAAACGCCUUUAAAAACUCACCAUUUUCAAAGAACUGUUACACAUGUUCGUUUUGAUGCAUUUGCAAUAGCGUGCGAGUGGUGAAAUUUCGCAUAACAAGGUGGAACACAGUUUUCAGCAAUUGUUUAUCUUUAUUUCUUUACAAAUGGCAUUCAUUUUCAAAGGGAGACAACUGUUCCUGAUUAUUUUAAGUACAAAUGGCAUUCAUUUUCAAAGGGAAACAACUUUUCCCGAUUAUUUUAAGUAAUCUUUGAGAAAAAGUUGUCUCCCUUUGAAAAUGAAUGCCAUUUGUAAAGAAAAAAAGAUAAACAUUGCUGAAAACUAUGUUCCACCUUGUUACGUGAAAUUUCACCACUCGCACGCUAUUGCAAAUGCAUCAAAACAAACAUGUGUAACAGCUCUUUGAAAAUGGUGAGUUUUUAAAGGCGUUUAACUGUCCGGAAGUGGAGCCCCUUUAGGCAGCCCUUUUCCGGAAUUCAAUGUUUAUAUCAGUAUACUGACACUUGUUUCGUAAAGUAAUAUACAUGUUUUACAUGCUGUUCAAUUUUCAUGUUAAACAACUCUUUCUUUCUAUGAUUUGGUGUUGUUUGAUUUUUGUUUCUCAAGGCCUCCAUCGAAACCUUAAAAUUAUUGAGUUAGUGUAUCAACUCGUUCUAUGUAAAAUGACCUCUCCGCGAAAUAUACACUCUUGCUACAAAUAUCUAUACAUGUGGCUGCUAAGACAAAAAACACAUCUAUUUAUAAUCUGCAACAAAACCUGAGCGGAACACACACCUGGCAAUCCCCUUUUGUUUGUAGGAAAAUGCACUCUUUAGAUUAUAAUGUACCUUUUAUCAGAAUAUGAUGCAAGAAAGUUCAAAUCUAUUCAUCACAGGAGAAUAUAGCACAUAGAUCAAGGACUUGUGAUCAUACAUUUAACAUUAUUGACAGUCGUUAUGGUGUUGAAAUUUAGUGUUUCCUUAUAAGGUGUCUACACCAUGAUAGUGUUAUGAACUAUAUUUCAAGGAGUUUGCAAUAUCUUUUGUAACUGGUAAUAAAAAGAUGAAAGAAUG